CGUACACGUAACAAAUCCAUUUCUUAUGUGUUUUUUCGAUUUCUAGAAUCUGUAAAACCCACAAAAAAGAGGUUUUUUUUUUUGUUUCUGGGUUCUUUGAAGAAGCAGAGAGAAGAUAAGCUCUUUACAGUUUUCUUCAUAACAACUUUAAGAUGGAGAAAAAUCAACAAAAGCAGGAAUUUCUAGCUGAGACCUCAGAGAUGAAGAACACCAAAAACAACGACGACUGUUCUGUACAACAACAACAACGAUUUGUGUGGCCAUGGGUUGGUCUAGUAGCCAACAUACCAACGGAGGUGGAACCAUCGGGUCGGAGAGUAGGCAAAAGCGGUUCAACGUUACGUGAUGAGUUCACUAUGAAAGGGUUUAAUCCAACAAGAGUCCAACCCAUUUGGGAUUUCAAGGGUCAUUCUGGUUUUGCUUUGGUUGAAUUCGCUAAAGACUUUGAAGGAUUCGAAAGCGCCAUGAAUUUCGAAAGGAGUUUUAAUUUAGACCGUCAUGGGAAGAGAGAUUGGGAAAAAGGUCAUCGCUUGAGAGACAAUAAGCUCUAUGGAUGGGUUGCCAGAGAGGAUGAUUAUAAUCGAAGUGAUACUGUUGGGAAGAACGUCAAGAAGAAGAGAGAUUUGAAAAGUAUCUCUCAGAUUGUGGAGGAAGACGAGAGGAAAAUGGUUCAUCUUGUUGAGAAUAUGUCUCAAACCAUUGAGAAGAAGAAGCAAAGUAAACAAGAGCUUGAACAGAAAGUUGAUGAGACUUCUCGUUUCUUGGAGAGUUUGGAAUUGCAUAACGUUCUGUUAAACAAAAACUACCAAGAAGGGUUUCAGAAGAUGCAGAUGAAGAUGGAAGAGUUGUAUCAACAGGUUCUGGAUGGACAUGAAAAGUCUUUGGCAGAACUGGAGGCAAAGAGGGAGAAGCUUGACGAGCGUGCAAGACUGAUCGAGCAACGGGCUAUCAUAAACGAAGAAGAGAUGGAAAAGUCCAGACUUGAAAGAGAAAUGAAUCAAAAGGCUAUGUGUGAGCAGAAUGAAGCGAAUGAGGAAGCUAUGAAGCUUGCAGAAAAGCACCAGAAAGAGAAGGAGAAGCUUCAUAAAAGGAUAAUGGAAAUGGAAGCUAAGCUAAAUGAAACGCAAGAGCUGGAGUUGGAGAUAGAGAAGCUGAAAGGUACUACAAAUGUGAUGAAGCAUAUGGUGGGGAGUGAUGGAGAUAAAGAUAUUGUGGAGAAGAUAGCCAAAACUCAGAUUCAGCUUGACGCUCAAGAAACGGCUCUCCAUGAAAAAAUGAUGACUCUGGCACGAAAAGAACGUGCAACCAACGACGAGUAUCAAGACGUUCUUAAAGAGAUGAUUCAGGUAUGGAACGCCAAUGAAGAGUUGAUGAAGCAAGAGAAGAUUAGAGUGAAGAGAAUGGGGCAAUUAAACCCUGCACCCUUCUUGCCUGCAGUGAUGAAGAAACAUAAAGUUACACAAUCAAAGGCAGAGAAUAAGGCUAUGAAGCUGUGUUCAGUGUGGGAAGCAAACAUAGGAGAUGUGCAAUGGACUCCAUUUAGAGUCGAUGAGUCUGAUGGAACACCAAAGAGAGUUGUGGAUGAAAACGACGAGAAGCUUCGUACGCUGAAGAACCAGUACGGUGAAGAAGUUUAUAAUGAAGUGGUAAGAACAAAACUAGAGAUUGAGGAACAUAACGCUAGUGGCAGCUAUGUGAUUUUAGAGCUUUGGAACUAUGAGGAAAACCGAAAGGCGACGAUGGAGGAAGCAACAGAUGUGAUGUUGAAGAUAAGGUCCAAACUUGCUGCUAUGAAGAACAAACGAAAGAGGCUUGAGGUCUAACUUAAAGAAAGAAGACAAUAAUUCAAGUAACAAUACCGGAGACGAGAAAGUGUUCUGUUUUUCGUUAAUUUACCAGUUUAAAUUAGUUUUGCUACUACAACUAUUGUACCGAAUUGGAUUUUGUUUCUUCAAAAGUUUUUCUCCACAAAUCUUAUGUGUUGUUUGAUUUUUUACGUGGAGUCUGGAGCUGA